AUGAAUCAACAAGCAUCUCUGACAAGAAAGCAAUGUGAUUUCACCAAGCUUAUUAUGGCUGGGUACGACUUGGAGCUGAACAAUGGAAGUACACAGGACUUCGAUGUGAUGUUCCAUGGGCCGAAUGGAACUGCCUACGAAGGAGGGAUAUGGAAAGUACAUGUGACAUUACCCGAUGAUUAUCCGUUUGCCUCCCCCUCGAUUGGGUUUAUCAACAAACUCCUACAUCCAAAUGUGGACGAAGCUUCAGGAUCCGUGUGCCUUGAUGUGAUUAACCAAACAUGGACUCCAUUAUACAGUCUUGUGAACGUUUUCGAAGUUUUCCUACCACAGCUGCUGACAUAUCCAAAUCCGUCCGACCCCCUGAAUAGUGACGCAGCAUCUCUGCUUAUGAAAGACAAAAACAUAUACGAAGAGAAAGUGAAAGAAUAUGUCAAGUUGUACGCAAGCAAAGAUCUAUGGGAAAGACAAAAGAAAGAAAAAAAUUCGUCUAAUAUGAAUGGAAAUGUAUCACCGAUCAGUGAACUUUCAUAUGUCGACCAAGAAGAUCAAGACAUUGACUUGGAUAACUUAUGA